GUGGUCCGUUAGUGGACGGUGGGUUGUUGAUCGUCGGUCUACCGCUUUUCCCGGAACCGGAGCCUCCAGCAGUCCCAGCCCCGACACCAGUAGCCGCAGAGGCCGGGCUGUCUUCCGCGAACCCUGGGCUUUCGGCUUCGACAUCUUCCUCGUCCCCGCUGGCUCCGGCAACGCCGCUUUCUGCGUUUCCCAUGUUUUUUAAGCAGCCUAUGGAGCCCUGAUGAUCCUUUCUCACAGUCUGAUGUCCGUUUUGAAUCUGCUUUGCUAGGUUAGACCUCUCUAACCUAUGCUCUGCUGUUCAUUACUACCGCAUUGACGUUCAGUACGUAGUGGACGAGACGAGACGUCAGUUGCAAACCAACCUGCCACAAGCCGACGUGCCGCGCAUGCGCCUUGGCGACUACGUGAACGGAAAUGCACUUGUUAUGGUUGCAAUUUUACAGAAGAUAACUUAUAUUGAUGGUUGGGUAUGGUUUUAUUCAAACCAUUUUGAUGGAAAUAAGAAUGUACGGCGAUGCAUUUUUCGCGGUUGCAUCUGUAUUAGUGGCUAUAUUAAUUAUACCUAGCGACUGGUCCACGAAACUUACAAAUGAAUGGACCCAAGAGCCCCAUAUGCGGGUUUUAAGCAGGGAUGAACUAUCAUUGUACGAUGGUGCAAGUGGCAGCAAGGGUCUUUACCUGGCGAUAAUCGGCCAGGUGUUUGAUGUCCAGAAAGGAGACAGGCACUAUGGGGUUAAUGGUGGUUAUCAUGGAAUGGCAGGUGGUCGCUCUGUAUGACUGGCUGGCCUUUUAUCAGAAGGACUACACACCUAUAGGUCGACUGGUUGGUCGAUUUUACACCGAGAAAGGGCUGCCCACAGAGGCCUUGAUGAAGUUGGAGGAAUUACUUUUCGAGGGUCAGAGGCUGAAGUCUCAGUUGCAGGCCGAGAGCCAGAAGUUCCCUUCUUGUAACUCAGAGUGGAGCCCCACCUUGGGAGGAAGAGUGUGGUGCUCAACCAAGAGCGGCGGAGUGGAAAGAUCUUGGGCAGGGGUUCCCAGGAAGCUCUUCUCCCCUGGUUCCAGCCGCUCCCGAUGUGUCUGCGUGGAAGACCCCUCAUCCGGGAGCCCCAACAUGCAGGACUAUCAGGGCUGCCAUCCAGAUAGUGACUCUUGUACACUGGAGGUCUAGCCAGUGGUUUAACUUUUAGAGAAUUAAUAAGUAUGUCAGCAUAAAGGCUGUAUAUAUAUUGUUUCAACUUUUAUUUCUUUUAAUUCAUUCUAUUGCUCAUUUCUUUUUUCCCUCUUUGUUAUAGCAUUCUUGUACAGUCCCAGGUAGCCUGUGAUUUUUCCAGAAUUCAUGUUUUGAUGUCUCGUCUAUACAUAUUUUUUUACUGUAAAAUAUCUUCAAUAGAACUACAAAUAAUCAAGUAAUAUAGUUGAAAGUACGUUUUUUUGAGGAACAUUAAAAAUGCUUUACUGUGACUUGUUUUUACAAAUUUUGUAAGAUUUAUUUAUCUGGGGUUAUUUUACUCUUGGUAUUACUCAGAAAAUUCUGCUGUUUAAGCCCACACCACAACCAAGGAGUUUCUAGCGAUUUGCUUCAUUAAACCCGUCAUAGAAUGUGGGAAUGGUAAUGAAAGAAACACAAGCACAUUCUUGUUCUGAUGACCUUUAUGUAAAUCUGUCCUCCCGUUCUCUAAAAGGAUACACAGGGAGGAACAGGCUAGAUAUCUGAGCAUACAGAUACAAUACAC